UCUUCACAGUAUUCAUACAUAUCUCUCUUAAGUUGUCUUUCAAACGAUGAAGCAAAAGAUUAUAGGGUUUAUAAGCCUUUUGUCGUUAGCUUUUCUUCUUCUUUGUUGCUUCUCAGCAUCUGCUCGUUUGCUCAUGCAGAUCAACCAUGAAACAGGUGAAAAGGAGUUUAGAGCAAACGAGAUGAUCAUUCAAGCAGAUGCUAAAGAUGAUUUCUCAAAUUUGAUUGGAGCAGAAAAGUGUUAUGAGAAAGAUGAAGAAUGUUUGGAAAGGAGGAUGAUUGCAGAUGCUGGUCUGGAUUACAUAUACAGUCAAAGUAAUAAGCCUUGAAUCAGUGGUAGAGGUCUGAUACUCCCUCUGGGUAUAAAAUAGUUUUAAAAAUCGUGAUCAUCAUCAACUCCAUUAAUAGGCCUACAGAAUGUGAAGAAUUAAUUAUUGGGCUCGCUCUAAUAGAUACAUUGAAAAAUAAAAAAAAUAACCCUUAAAAUUAUAAUAAUAAAAAUUAUCCAUAAUUAAUAAAAUACAAAGGAAUUAUAAUAUAUAUAGUUUUAUGUAUUCUUGUUAUGAUGUGUUUGAUAGAAAAGUUGUGCGUAGUUAUGAAGUUGUAGAUGUUGUAAUUUGUAUUAUCUCUCUAUCGAUAAAUCCUUACUAUUAUCGAGUAAA